AUGCAGACACCAACACAAAUCGAUAUAGGAUUGACGACACGGACGUGCGGACAUGAGAGCGCGGUUCUGCACUACCUCCGUGACGAGAGCGACGUCCUCGUGUGCAAAUUCCCGCUGGUGGCGCUGACGAACGUGUACAUGUUCCCCGGGAUCCCAGCAUACCUGGAGCGCGACUUCCACUACCUGGAGAAACUCUUUUACAGCCCCGACACCAAGUUCCACGUCAAGAACAUUUUUCUUUCGGAGGACGAAAAUAAUCUCACGGGGAAGCUGAACGACCUGGUGAGCCACAGCCCGGCGGUGACGGUGGGCUCGUACCCCGAAGUGAACAACAGGUAUUACCGCACGCGAGUCUCCCUGCAGAGCGAGUCGGAAUCGGAGCUUCUGGAGGCGGAGGAGUACCUGCGUUCGUCUUUCAGCGACGAGGUUGCCUGUUCGCGGGCCCGUGGGACGACCAAGGAAGUCGUGGCUUGGCAGCUUGACCCGACCUGUCGCGAGGAGUUAGAGAUGGGCCGAGAAACUACCAGGCGGCUCGCCAUGAGGGACCCCAUUGGCUGCAAGGCAAAUGGCGGGCGUGUGCACCCCCGUCUGUAUCAACCCCAUUGGUAA